AUGGAUUCAUUGAGGACGGUCUCGGAGGCAGUAGCUUUCUAUGUACCCAAGGCGGCGAUCAGUUUAGAGGACAAGACGAGGGAGAGCUGCAGUCUGCCCUGUCUACCAGUGGCUAUGGCGGGCUGGAUCCCUGCCUCACAGGUGUCCUCCAGGGUCAACGUGAACACCAACCCACAGUUCUGCAGCCCCCAGGUCGAAAUGAGCCCGGUAACGAGAGACUUAUGGGUCUUUAUGACCUUGAGCAAAGUUGCAGUGGUGCUCGACUUGACGGUUACGUAAUCAUCAAUGCGGAUGGUUCUGAAGUCCCACCCGGCCAGCACAACCUUCCCGCGGCAAGACAUCCUCCCAGGGGAGUUCCGGCCCCCGUUUACUCGGGAUCCAAUGACAACAGGACCUUCAAAUCUCCACCCCCACAAACUGCUGGCCGUCUCUCUCAACAGUCUCCCAUCGGCAUACCGAUGGCGGUGGGGUCGCCCUCCAAACUGGGACAUACUGCUCUGCAGUCUGUACCGACUACC